AUGGUGGACGAAUAUCAUUGUGGUUCUGUGACUUAUCUCAUCAGAAAUCCAAGACACAUUCUCGUGUCCAGCUACUUAUUCUGGAUCAUUUCCAACUUUGUUAAGAAACCAAAGUCACUGGAACAAUAUUUCACAUGGUUCAUCCAAGGAAGUGUGGCCUUUGGAUCAUGGUUCGACCAUGCCUGUGGCUGGAUGUCGAGGAGAGGGAAGGGGAACUUCCUGAUAGUGAGUUACGAAGAGCUCAAGCAGAUAACUUGAAGUGCUAUACAGAAGAUCUGCCAAUAUCUGGGCAAGAUGCUAGAACCAUAGGAAAUGAACUUAGUGCUCAAGAAUAGCUCCUUCCAAGUCAUGAGGGAAAACAAGUUGUCCAAUUACACACUCCUGCCCAGUUGGCUUGUAGAUGGGAAGAAUGGAUCCCUGAUGCGAAAAGGAACUGCUGUAGAGUGAAAAAAUCACUUCACGGUGGCCCAAGCUGAAGCCUUUGACAAAAUAUUGCAGGAGAAGAUGGCCGGCCUUCCUGCAGCGCUGUUCCCAUGGGAACGAUGUUGA